AUGUCCGCUCAAUCCAACUGUUGUCCAACCCGUGGCUCAGCCCCACGCAAUGCGAUAAUUCCUAGACCCAGGAUCGUCGACACAUGGUUCUAUGAGGUGAUCGCGAUGAUCUUCAGCCUCAUGUGCUUUAGUGGAAUUAUAGCUGCUCUCAUGGUCUACGACGAUAAACCGGCGCCAGGGUUCUCGUACGGGCUCACGCUAAACGCCAUCAUCUCGCUCCUCGCAGCGGCCUCGAAAUCAUCUUUGAUUUUCGUAAUCGCCGAGUGCAUCGGUCAGCUCAAAUGGCUUUGGUUCUACCAGCCGGGCGAGAAGAAGACGCUCGAUGAGAUGCAGCUAUUCGACGAUGCCAGUCGCGGCCCGAUGGGAUCCAUAUCGGUGAUAUGGCGGCACCGCGGCCGGUCAUUAGUAUCGCUUGGCGCGGUCAUCACAGUGCUCGCCUUUGCCUUUGACCCGUUCAUGCAACAGAUCAUUUCCUAUCCCAUCAGGAACACUGUGGUGGCGACAAACUCGAGCGAGGCGGUAGUCAAGCGGGCCACGAGCCUUGUGCUGGAAUUCUUUAGUGACGAUGAGUUGGAGAGCAUCGUCUACCCUGGUCAAUGGGCCGACAAUGUGGAUUUCACGGCGACUUGUCCGUCGGGAAAUUGCAUGUGGCCGGAAUUUCAAUCCGUGGAAAUCUGCCACCAAUGCGACGAUGCCACGGCAGCAUUUUCGUUAAAGUGUCCUCGAUCCGUGUUUAAUACCAGUGAUAACAGGCCUCGGGAACAAGAGUUUCUAUGUGAGAUACUCGAUUCUCUGUCCGGGGAGCCGUUAGGUUAUUCCGGCGCUUCAACCUUGGACGAUUUGUACCGGGACGAUCUGAUCGAUAUAGAAAUAAGGAAACAUUUUCUCCUGACGCGGUACGGUGUGGAUUAUGCUUCGACCAAUUGGUCAGAAGUUACCUUCGCUGGUCUACGUAACCCGCAAUAUGUGGUCAUCCACAUUGAGCUUGUCCUAGCUGACGAUGCUAACCUGACGGGAAUAUCGCCGUUCGAGAACAUGGGACCUAUUUUGACCAUUGGAAAAGUGGACCAAUGUGCCUUUGCACUGUGCAGCAGAACAAAUCAAGUGUCGGUCACGAAUGGAAUCCCCUCUGUCGUAAAGUCCGCGCCAGACUACGGCGAGACUUUCUACGUCAACGGGUCCACCGGGGAAGUGCUGCAUGGUAUUUCAGCCGCCGAGCUAGGUCUUGAGGAACGGGAGCGCAUCGCAGAAUGGGUACGGCCAUGCUGGAAGGCCGGGACCGGGGGCCCCCCGGCUAGCCUUACCCAACUGGCCGGGUCUGGGACUUGGGUGAACACGUCCGAGCUUGCCUUUUGUGGCAUUGACGAUUAUUGGCGCUUAACCCUGUUCACGGACGGGAGUGAGUAUUGGGGAUGGAAAAUGCAGAACAAAUCCCAGUGGGUGAACCAGACCGAGUAUCACGACUCGACAGCUGCAAAGGUAUUACGCGAUGGCCUUGAGAAAUCUAUGAGCAAUAUCGCAGCCUCCCUAAACCGGGCGGCACUUCUAUCUAGUAAUCAAUCGGUCUACGGUACCGUCUUCCAAGGGGAGACUUAUGUCUCCGUGAACUGGAUCUGGAUCUUACUCCCGACGGCGCUGGUACUGCUUAGCGUGUGCUUUCUGCCCCUGACCAUUCUCGCCAAUAGACUGCAGCGACUUCACUUGUGGAAGUCUUCUAUCCUGGCGGUUCUGUUCCACGGAUUGGAUGAGGUCGACUUUAGCGACGAUGCGAAGAGGGUUGAUACCGUUCGCCAGAUGGAACGAGCAGCCGAGGAUAUCCGUGUCCGGCUGAAGAGGAGAAGUCGGCGACGGGGUCUUGUGCUGGAGCAGACGUGA